UGGAACCGAACCGCAGGACAUACGGUUUGGAGCAGUUUUGUCGCUUACACGCGCUCUUUCGACGGUCUUGUGAAUGCGCGCGCUCGCAACCGAUUUCAUUUCCACUCUGACCGAGCAUUCGGAAGAAAUCGUUGCGUAGUGAAGGUAAAACCUUGUGUUAGUGUAAUUAGUAUGCAAAAAUCCGUGUAGUAGUGAAUGUGGUUUUUUUUUUCGUUGCUGUUGCGUGCACGAUGGUGUUUUAUUGUGUGUGAUAAGCGGGAAAACUGAUAACGAGCGAUUGUGAGGCGCAAAAGCAAAAAAUAAAUCGCUUCCCGCCACCAGCUCGGGACGGAAAGUUGCAGCAGUUUUGAACUGAAUGACAAUAAAUGGAGUCGCAUGCACCGAUGGCCCGAAGUCUGUGAAUGCGUUAACGGCGUGCACCACGGACAGUGACUGGUGAAGGUGAGCAAACGCAGCUGUUCAUGUACAGUCGGCCAAUACAUACGGAAAAGCAAUUUCAAUUUCAUACACCAAAACGUACAUGUAAACCAUUAGCACGAUAAGUAAUAAUAUCUUCAGCAACAUUUCGUAACGGAGCGCGAGCGAGAGUGAGAGCGAGAGAGGGAGAGAGUCACGCACUUUAACGGUUUGGUGCUGUGUUACUGGUUCGGCCAUUAUUCGUAAACGACACCGGGGUUCGGUGCAGCGGACUCACACCGAUGACCAUGGCAGACGAAAUGUCGUCGUCGGCGCGUCCUGCGUACAAAAAGCGCAGCUCGUCGAUAUCGGCACCGGCUUGCGCUAGCUUGGAAACGAUUAUCAGCCCACCGUCGGAGGGUGACACACCGGACAGUGGUACGCCGGGCUAUCGGCGUAGAAAGCCAGCAACGCGAUCACAGAGCGCACGUAUCACAGGACCCCGAUCGGUUCGCCGCAAACCACAGCCACCACCGCCAACACUACAGGACUCGCGGGGUCACUGCACCAGCGAGCCACGGUUGAAUGAUUCGGAAACUCCACCACCACAAAAACGCCGAGGAUCACAAAGGCGCCCGAUGCACAAUUCAGAGCGGCGUCAUCAAAAUGUAAGGAUUAAGUUAGCAACACCAAGGAAAUCGAACGCUUUUCUGGACGUGCCGCAGAUCAACCUACAGCACCUGCAGAUAGACGAUCAGGACGACGAUGACAAUAUCAGACUGAGAACGUUCAGCUCAUCGAAGCAGGGCGUCGUAAACCGGGGCGAUUCGUUUCGCAGGCGGCGGUCCAGAAGCAACAGCUUGGCUCCGGUUAGCCCGGUGCGGGUUGUGGAUGAGGUCUUAACACCGCCAACCGGUCCUCCGAUCGAUUCCUACUGCGUCUUCAUGAUUGGGGCACCGGGCGUCGGUAAGGGUGCGCUCCUAUCACAGUUCCGUUCAUCGGAAUGUAUUAAUGCGUACGAUACGCGAGAGUCACCGGGUGAGCAGAAUAUAUCCAUCAUUCUGAAUGGUGAAGAAUCGGAACUGAAGUUCGUCACCGACAGCAUGGGAAAUAAGGAUGAAAUGCUUAAGGCGGACGCAUUUCUGGUGGUGUACUCCGUGGUAGACAAGGCGACAUUUAGCCGGGCGGACCAGCUGCUCAACAUGCUGCACGAUAUGGACGUGAGCCGGUCACGGCCAACGAUUCUGGUAGCGAACAAGAUCGAUUUGGCCCGAUCACGGGCUGUAUCGUCACAGGAUGGCAAAUGUUUAGCCUGUACGCACAAAAUCAAAUUCAUCGAGGUAUCGGUAGCAAUCAACCAUAAUGUGGAUGAACUGUUGGCCGGAAUUCUGUCACAGAUACGUCUUAAAAGGGAACAAUCCGCCGUACAGGGAAUUCGUGAACCAUCGUCCGCACACUGGUACAAAAAUCGUAGCGUUGUCCGAGCAUCGAUGAAGGCACGUCAGAUGAUCACGUGGAUAUUCGGCAAGGAGGAUUCAAAGUUUAAGAACUGUGAAAACCUUCAGGUGCUGUAAAGCGUGUUUGGUGCCGGUGAAGGACACAGUUCGAAACUCCAAUUUGUUGGUAAUUGAUUUUCUUGUUCACCUUACCAUUAAAUCUGUUGGUACGAAAAACAAGAAAAAAAAUAUCGUAAAGCGAUAAUAAGAAACAACAUUGGAUGGAAAAAAAUGAUAGAUAAAAGGAAACACGCCUAACGUAUAUCAUUACAGCAGUCGAAACGUUCGAAAUGGUGUAAGUUACAGUAAGAAGAAGUAAAGCAAACGCAAAAAAAUUCAAACAAACUCUAAAGAACACAACAUCAAAAAAAACCCGUAACAUUGAUAUAUCGUUAUACAUCAUGCUAAAAAAAGUGCCUUCGGUCAGCGUAUCUGAAACUAAUGCGUAGCUAUGUGUAAUGUAGUGUGGAUGAAGGCGAAUACACAGGACGGUUUCUACAGUUGAACACACUACUACACGUCUGUGAGCGAUCGUACGCGAUCGUACACUGAGUGCACGUUCGGUAAUCGGUCACUAAAAGUAAUGGAACCGUGGUAGUAAACGUAAACCGUUUACUACGCUGAGAAAUAGCUUAGCUAGUGCACUCGGUAAAAGGUAGUGAAACAAAUUGAAGAAAACGGGAUAAAUCAAAUUAAUCCUGUAAGCAAAUAACUUCAUAUACCAUGUGCCAUUGCUACAGUUCUUAGUAAAUCUCUGGUAUCACUUGUGAGAUGACCCAACAUCGUUUUCCAACGUUUUUUUUUUGUUUUUGUUCCCUGUAAAAUGCGUAACUCGAAUGUCUCUAAACAUUAAUGGUUAAAACAUAUACACAAACACGCACGCAUAUUAUAUACAUAUAAAUAUUUUCUACGUGAAACAAGCCGUAUAAGAUAAAAAGGAAGAAUGUGCAAGUAAAAGAAAACUAAAACUUUAUUACAAAAAAAAAAACAAGGACAAGCACGUAGAAAACAGAAGUAAAAUAAACAUAAUGUAAUUUGAUAAGAAAAACGUUAAAUAUGAAUAGAUAAACACAUAAACGUAUGCAGCAUAUUUUCCCCCCGGCAGAAGAUAAGCGUAAAGAAAGGAAGAGAAUAAAUUGGGAAAAGAACAACAAGUUAAAACAAUAACAUUUUGUGAACCGUGCAGCAAUAGUAGCAAAAACUUUAAACGUAGCCUCUAAGCGUCUUGACAAAAAAAGUAAAACAAAAUAUUCUAACAAACAUUACAUAAAUAUUACGCGCCGCCAAUAUUUGCGCAACCGAUCAUAUUUUUGGCGGUUUGUUAAAAACGUCAAACAAACAAACAAAUAAAACACCACGUAUCGGUUGUUGUAUUAACCGACAUCAUACACUCUACACUUGCCCAUCCAUCCUAGUUAUAAGCAAAUGGGGAAUAAUGUUUCAAAUUAACGGCUGUAACCCUACCGUGUGGCCGAGCUGUUUGACGGUGGGGGUGUGAUACGUAGUGGUGGGAUGGAAUAACUACAAAAUGUUAAAUAUUAUCGUUAUUUGUAUCGUUGGGUCAGUGUUUUCUUUUGUUUUGUGUAUCGGAAAAUGUUACAAAAUGUCUUAGCAAAAAAGAAACAAACUCACACAAACAAAUAACAGGCGAGAUUCGAUGGUCGGAAAUAAAAAAAAAUGUGUGAAGAAUAAAUAUAGAAAUGUUUUUUUGUUUGUUCCUUACUUGGUGUUUGGUGAAGUUGUUUUUUUCUCUUUCUGUCUUGCAUAUCGAACAUGCAAAAGAGAUAUAGAUAAGAAAUAAAAAAGGAAAACACGUUUAAUGCGUUAAAGAUAUAGCGAAUGUUCGGAAACAUUUUUUUUUUCUUCAAAAAAGGAAGCAAAAAAGGAAAAAAGAAAUAAUCGUAACAAAACUUAUAAAUAUAGGAAGAUAAUAAAUUUACGCCACUGUUUAUACUUGUACGCUUUUCCAUUAACAUUACCUUUUGUAGAUAAAUUAUAGUUCCGUGCUGCGUUGCAAAGCCUAGUGGAAUCGGUUCUUAGCUACCAAAAAACCUUCUUUCAUAGCAAAAACUCGACAAUAACUUCGACGAUGUGUAUGUGACUGUACCGUGUGUAUUCGCUGGUUAUAGCUUCAAUAUCUCUGUUUAGGAAAAUAUACAACGUUUAAAUACAAAACGUUAUUUUGUUUGAAUAAACCCCAAAACCUAUAUAAUGUUUUCCUUUGCUUCUCAAUGACUGAAUAUCCUAUCUGUACUUCCUAUAUAUCUUUUUCAUAAAAAUACUGUAUUCAAAUGGCACAAAAACGAUCAUUAAAAAAACACAAUUUAAAAUCUAUUGGAUGCUUAGUUUCGUACCGAAAAGCUUCCACAAAUCGGUUCACUUUCUGUCCACGUACAUUAAUUACUGACUGAAAAACAAAGUGCUCCCCGCCAGAGUGCAAUUGGCAGCCAUUUUCUUACUUCCUUUUCAAAGAGGGAAAUUAUGUUGUCUUAACUGCUAAUGUUUUUUUUAUUCUUUUGAAACCAUAAACGUUGCCAAAAUGAAUAGCUUAAAAAAUGGUGAAUGAUUUUUUGUACAGUAUCUAUUGCUCUUGCAGUAACAUACACCUUAGCACCUAACAUUACAUAUAAAAGCACCCACAAAACACAAAGUUAUCCAGGCUAUAUAGUCAUUGAUCGUUCGUGUACCGGUAUCAUGUGUUGUUGGUGAUCGACGUCUUGUACAAUAAGCGUACUGUUUAAACCAAACAUACACAGAAGCAAGGAAGCAAAACAUAGCAAUAAGUCUUUCGUACGAAAGCAAGAUAGUAUAAAGUAAUUCAUCAAAACAAGUCGAUAUAGAAGGAAGAAAGGUUUAAACAAAAAAAAAACAA